AUCUCCCAUGUCAGGUGAAAGAAAUUGUCGAAUUAAAAAAAUAAUAAUAAAACUCUGAUUCAUAUCCAUAUUCCACGGUGAUUCACAGUGGAAGCUUCAUUGGUAACAAAGAAAGAGGAAAAUCAUGGCGACGGAACCAACGGAUUACGAUUCGUUCAAGCCCUACACUCUUUCGCAAACCCUAAGCGGUCACAAGCGCGCCAUCUCCGCCGUUAAAUUCUCAUCCAACGGUCGCCUCCUUGCCUCUUCCUCCGCCGACAAGACCCUCCGAACCUACGGCUUCACAAACUCCGACUCCGAUUCCAACAGCCUCAGCCUCUCACCCAUGCAAGAGUACGAGGGUCACGACCAAGGAGUCUCCGACCUCGCCUUCUCCUCCGAUUCUCGCUUCCUCGUCUCCGCCUCCGACGACAAAACCCUCCGUCUCUGGGACGUUCCCACCGGUUCCCUCAUCAAGACACUUCACGGCCAUACCAACUUCGUUUUCUGCGUCAACUUCAAUCCCCAAUCCAACGUCAUCGUCUCCGGUUCCUUCGACGAGACCGUUAGGGUUUGGGAUGUCAAGUCCGGUAAGUGUCUUAAGGUUCUUCCCGCACAUUCCGACCCCGUCACUGCCGUUGAUUUCAACCGUGACGGUUCCCUUAUCGUCUCUAGCAGCUACGAUGGCCUCUGCAGGAUCUGGGAUUCUUCCACUGGCCACUGUAUGAAGACUCUCAUCGACGAUGAAAACCCUCCCGUUUCCUUCGUCAAGUUCUCCCCCAAUGGCAAGUUCAUUCUCGUCGGCACCCUCGAUAACACUCUGAGGCUUUGGAACUACUCAACUGGGAAGUUUCUGAAGACUUACACUGGUCACGUUAAUUCAAAAUACUGUAUUUCAUCCACAUUUUCGAUAACAAAUGGGAAAUAUGUCGUUGGUGGUUCAGAAGAUAAUUGUAUAUACUUGUGGGAAUUGCAGACAAGGAAAAUAGUACAGAAAUUGGAAGGACAUUCUGAUACUGUCGUUUCUGUGUCAUGUCACCCUACAGAGAACAUGAUUGCAUCUGGUGCUCUUGGCAAUGACAAAACUGUGAAGAUCUGGACUCAACAGAAAGACUGAUUCAAUCUGGACUCGGGGCUAAUGCUCCAACUGAUUCGUUAAUGUUGUGUUGGGAGUAAGUGACUUGUGAUGAAACCUUUGGCUCAUUUUGUAGUUGAGAACUUUGGUUGAGAAACUUUGUAGCCUUUGCAGCUGAGAUCACUAUUUUAGUCUCUGUUCAGUUCCACUUUUGAGAGACUGGAACAUGGGUUUGGAAAACACUACUUUGAGGAUUUCGUUUUUCAGCCAUUGUAUCUUAGCUAGAGGAUUUCGCUUUAAAAUUAAUGUCAGUAGUCAUUACUACUAUGUCCAAAUUUCGUAGAUCAUUCCACUUUGCGGGAAUGGAUUCUGUUUUUGGGGUGCUUGGGUGCCUGGGAAGUUCAUGUACUUGUCUUGUUUGAUAAAUAUAGAAGUUGGAUGGAAAAAAGUUCGAUGGCCAAAUAGUAGAAGUUCAAAAUCUUCAAACACUAAUAUUCCAAGGCGGGUCCCAACCAAGUAGUAUAGAAUAAUUAAAAGUAAGUCAUUGACAAUUUAUUUUCUAUCUUUUAAGUUAGCCUUUGGAAUUGAAUGAAAUUCAGAUCAUUCCCUAUACAGCUCAAUCUAUUUGAUUCUAUCUUUAUGCUCAG